AGUGGCCUGCGUCAUGGCAGCCAUUGAUCUGGAGCGUGGGCUGGAGCACAGCGGCCGGGGCUGGGGGAAAGAGAGGCCAGAGCUGAUGGACAACUUUGACUCAGAGAUGCAGGAGUGGGAGGACCAGCUGCAGGACAUCCAGAGGAAAAUCGAAGAGUUGUACAAUGAAGUUCAGGCCCGCAGAGGAGCAAACGAUAUGACUGCUGACAACCAGAAAAAUGGCGGCGAGUUGGAGUGUGGCACGGGGCACCACGGGAAUGGCCUCUUCGCGGCCGGCCAUCACAGCAAGAAUCACCCUGGAGCUAUAACUGUGCCACAUCACUAUAGUAACGGCUAUAACUAUAACCCCAACGGGUACAGCUACCCUGUGAGUCAUCAGAAUGGCUACGAUUAUUGCCACACCAACGGCGUCUCGGAGAUUGGAGACUUGUUGCAGGAUUAUUUGGGACAGGGGAAACAAAUGAGCCGGAAGAGCAAUGGAGCUCGCCACGUGCACUUCAGUGACACAAUCAAGGUGAGUCAGGCUGUCCCCGAGAUCAGAGGAAGAUCUGGAAACGACAGGCUCGGUCAAGAGCGGUUUCUGGGCAGUUUUGAGGAGACUGAAAACUGGAAGAACAGAGUAUCUCACAUGAAGAGCUCCCCCCGCAGAGAGAGUUCCCCUAACAAAGAAAACACAGGAGCCAAGCCCCCUCUUGGACAAAGGGAUGCUCCUGCUGUACAGCCACGCUCCCAGCUCCCAGUUACGACCGCCGACUCUCCCGCUCUGGACAGGAAGUCUUUUGGUCCAGGCGUCCUGGGAGAUAGAAAGUGCGGCAGCCCCUCCGUUCUCAGGAAGUUCGGAGCCAUGCUGCAGGAAAACGAGGGCAAAAUGCUCACAGAAUUAGGGGUGGUGACCCAUCAGGGACCGGCCCCGGAGCCAAAGUGCCCCACCCCAGGCUGUCAGCGCAGAGCUCUGGGAGCCGCUGCAGUCGCCGGCAGGGCUCCUGUGCGUGUGUCUACCCAGAAAUGCCAAGCAGAUUCUGACGUGAUGACAGCAGAGAUAGAGCCCGGCCAAGACUGGCGGUUAGUAUCAGACUCUCCUAGACAGAGCCACAGGGAUCACAGAGGAGGCUACAGUGGUUCUAAAGGCUCUCACGCCAGUCCCCAGCAAUCCCAGAGGAGAUCACAGGUGGUGGGGAGCCCAAAGGUUAGACCCAGGGCAAACAGUGGGGCGGACAGAGAUGGAGGAAGGAAGCCUGCACCCCAACACGUGGAGCCCAAAAUGGACUACAGGGUGUCAAGUGCUUCCUCUGGAGCUCAGAGGAUUCAAAGGGGUGGCUUAGUGGGACAGGAGUCACCAGGUUGCGGCCGAGUGAGGGAUGAAGGACUUAUUGAGCUGCUGGACAUGCUGGACAUCCAACAUGAGUACAGCUCCAGUCCCAGAACAGGACACACAGCUUUCAGACAGGAGCCACAGCAGGUAAACCCAGCUGAGCUGUCACCAGUAAAACCUAAGAGGAGCUUCUCUCGUCCCGCACGGCCGGCCAACCAGCGACCUCCGUCCAGAUGGGCAAGCCUCACCCCGACUGCCAGGAUCACGGCCCCAUCAGGCCCAAUGUACCGCCCCCCAAGCCCCAUGACAAGAACCCCGAGUCCGGCCCUGAAGCACCGGCCUCUCAUCUCUUACUCUCUUCAGACUGAGACUGUCAUUAUGUGAUACUUUCCCACUUCAAUAGAGCUUGAUCCCCCUCCCAGGGAAACCCUUCCUGUGGUUCCCACCCUCCCACCCUCUCUCUGUGUAAAUAGUAAGGACUGUUCUGGUAAAGUGUUUUAAGAGAGUUGCUGAGAAAUGCUUCAUUUCAUCACAAUGCCAUGUUGAGGAUAAUAAAACAAAACAAAAAAAACAAAACAUCUACGACAUUCUCCAGUGUUGCUGUGGCUUUCUGCUUCUUCUGUGCCCGACAUUUGCCAACACAUCAACAUUUUGCUUUGUUGUUGUCCCAACCCCCCUUAACACUUCCCUCUUUUUUGUAUUGAAUUUCAGGUGUUUUCUGUAUAAAGAGAUUUAGCAUGCAGCCCUAGUUUGAGGGUGCAUGCUCAUGUGUUUAAUCCUCACAGUUGCCAUGUUGAAUCAAAUUCAACCUGGCCACCAGUGGGAGUGGAUUAAGUUGCAACUGUGCUCCCAGCAGCAACCUGCUAACUGUCAACAACAGUGUGUUUUACUGUAUCAUAUUGUUAAAGUAAUAUAUUUAAGAUGUUCAAAUAACAGCUGUGACAAAUGACUAUGAUAUGCCUUUAAUGUAUUUUUUUCUUGUUAAUAAAUAUGACAGUGCUUUGA